CUCUGAAGAAAACGGCACGCGCUGCCAACACUUCGGUUCGUUGAAACGUUUAAAAAAUACUGAAUGUCGUGAAACUUACUACGGAGCGUGAAGUAGUAAACUUUACUGCAUGAAAACAGAACAUUUAAAUUGUUUUGAAAUAAAAUACACAAAAUAAACUUAUAUCGUUCGUAAACUAUGUCAAAUCUGCCUGGAGAAGGCUCAAAUUGCUGAUUGCCUAGGUUAUAGACAGACAUAAAUAAAUACAAAUAAACUGUUUGAAGUGAUGUGUGACUUUUUGAAGUGAAUUUCAAGAAAAAGGACUUGUGGGGUUCAAAUAAAGAAACUGUUAUAGUGCUAUCUUUAUGUUAAAGACAUUAUUUAAUUAACUUUCCUGACACCUACGUUGGAGAUUUUAAUAUAACCGAAGAAGUGAAGUGUUCAAGAUGAGCUUCAACAAGAACAAUCCCAACGCCAUGGGGAAAAUAAUGGGAUAUCUCAAACAGCUCUCCACCGAAAUGGGUGGAAGCGAACAAAGUCGUCGUGUUCAACCCGACGAGGAACGGUUGUAUCGUUCCACAUCAUCAUCGCGCGGAACCAAAUACGCCAGAGUUCCAUCGCGGCCAACGCUUUCAGCGUCCACGACCUGCACAUCCCUCGCAACAUCCUGUGGUUCCCAAGGGACUCUUGCCCCUAACUACGCCACUAUCCCUGAGAUUGUCUCUACCGAAAGUAGCAGCGAGGACGAACAAGAUUCCUUCGAGAAAACUCGUCGGCAUUUUCAACAGUUACGCCAAAUCAGUCUAGGGAACGAAUUUAAAUAUAAAAUGGAGAUGGAGAUAAAGAGCGCCAAGGAAGAGAAUUUGCGCAACUCUGUGCCUUUCGUUAAACAGCUAAGCACGGAAAGCAAUAAAGUCAAAACUGACACUAAUUCCACUAUCAAUGGAGAUGCUCAACCAUACGGACCCACUACUCAGCGUCUCUAUCUGUGGACACAGAUUUUUGCAGCCUUUGCAGUAUCAAUGGGAUCGCUAAUUGUUGGAUUUACGUCCGGUUACACUUCUCCUGCUCUGCUUAGCAUGAAUGAAACAUUAUCCAUUACAAAAGAUGAGGGUAGCUGGAUAGGAGGAUUAAUGCCUUUAGCUGCUUUGAUAGGUGGCAUUGCUGGUGGUCCUUUAAUAGAAUUCGCAGGAAGAAAGUUAACAAUUAUGUGCAUAUCAGUUCCAUUUUUCAUCGGAUGGAUGUUGAUCGCGAAUGCAGCUCAAGUCACUUUGGUGUUUGCGGGUAGAGCCCUCUGCGGUAUUUGCGUUGGAAUUGGAAGCCUCGCUUUCCCAGUGUAUGUUGGAGAAACAAUACAGCCCGAAGUACGUGGCGCAUUAGGACUUUUACCAACAGCGUUCGGUAACACUGGCAUUCUGCUUGCAUUUUUCGCUGGGAAAUAUCUGAACUGGUCAAACUUAGCAUUUCUUGGAGCAGCAUUACCAGUUCCAGUCUUUUUGUUAAUGAUAAUAGCCCCCGAAACACCAAGAUGGUACGUUUCGAAAGGUCGCGCUGAAGACGCCCGAAAAUCUCUGCAAUGGUUACGAGGAAAGAAUGUGGAUACUGAAAAGGAAAUGAGAGACCUUAUGAGAUCUCAAGCUGAAUCGGAUUUUACAAAAGGAAGUAAUACAUUCGGUCAACUAUUUACGAAGAAAUAUCUUCCGGCAGUAUUAAUUUCACUGGGUCUUAUGUUAUUCCAACAGAUGAGUGGUAUUAACGCCGUAAUUUUCUAUUCAUCAGAUUUCUUCUUAAUGGCUAAUAGCUCGUACGACGUGAAUAUGUGCAGUAUUAUUAUUGGCGUAGUUAACUUUGCUUCUACUUUCAUAGCAACUGCCAUUAUUGACCGUUUAGGAAGAAAAAUUUUGCUUUAUAUUUCCUCAGUUUCAAUGAUUACAACUUUAACUGUACUGGGAUCUUACCUCUAUCUUAAAGAUAUAAAAGUCGAUGUGAGUAGCUACGGAUGGUUGCCACUUGCUUGUCUAAUGAUAUAUGUACUGGGAUUCUCCAUAGGAUUUGGUCCUAUUCCAUGGUUGAUGUUGGGUGAAAUCUUACCGUCCAGGAUACGAGGGACAGCUGCAUCAUUGGCUACGGGCUUAAACUUUACCUGCACAUUCAUCAUCACUACUUCAUUCCAUAAAAUAGUUCAAUGGAUGAAUAUGUCUGGAGCAAUGUGGUUAUACGCUGUAAUAUGUAUACUUGGACUAUUUUUCGUUAUAUUUUUCGUACCUGAGACUAAGGGCAAGAGCUUAGAAGAAAUCGAAAAGAAGUUGACGGGUGGUUCGCGGAGAGUUCGUUGCCAAAGCAGCAGUAAGCCAACGAUCAAUGGCUGUUAAAUACUACAUUGCAGCGUGUUAAACGCAUUGUGUGAUACAUUCCAGGAAGCAGAGAUUGCAUGUCCUUCCUUUCUUGAUGAAAGGUAUAGGAAAUUAGCCAGAAAUCGUGUGGAGAUUUGUAUGGCACUCAGAAUCUUCGCCGUGCGUGUUUGAAGACUGAUUUGGAUUGUAUUUAAAGAAUGAACAUUUGUAAAUAUAUAAGAAAGUCAAUAGUAUAAUAUUUAAGUGAUAAAUAGUUCCUCCCUAUCGUUACUUGUAAAUUAAUUAUUUUUAAUUAGUGAACAUUUGGAUAACUCAUUGGCCCAGUACUUUUUGUGAGGUACACGCAUAUCAUCUUAAAUUAAUUAGUACCUAACAAAUUUAGUUAAACAAUUAAUUGUUAAUUUGUGUAGAUAGUUAACAAUAAUAUACAAAGCACGUGAUCUGUGUAAUUUACUACUAAAUAUCUCAUGUAUAAAAUAUUGAUCAUGACAAAUAUACCUAUUUAUAAAAUGACCCUAUUUUGUGAUUUAGUCGAUAGACAAUGGUUAAGCUUAGUGGAAAAAUCCUUAGCCUAAGAAUUUACUAAAAAGUGACUCCGUAUAUUACGGACGUCAUAUUUAUUCAAUUUGUUAUAUUUUAAUAUAAAACAUCAAAUAAGAAAA